AUGCGUGUCGAGGUAGACUCGGAGGACCGUGUAACCCAGCCCCAGUUUGCCAACAUGCGUGACGAGGUAGACUCGGGGGACCGUGUAACCCAGCCCCAGUUUGCCAACAUGCGUGACGAGGUAGACUCGGGGGACCGUGUAACCCAGCCCCAGUUUGCCAACAUGCGUGACGAGGUAGACUCGGGGGACCGUGUAACCCAGCCCCAGUUUGCCAACAUGCGUGUCGAGGUACACUCGGAGGACCGUGUAACCCAGCCCCAGUUUGCCAACAUGCGUGUCGAGGUUCACUCGGAGGACCGUGUAACCCAGCCCCAGUUUUCCAACAUGCGUGUCGAGGUACACUCGGAGGACCGUGUAACCCAGCCCCAGUUUGCCAACAUGCGUGACGAGGUAGACUCGGGGGACCAUGUAACCCAACCCCGGUUUGCCAACAUGCGUGACGAGGUAGACUCGGGGGACCGUGUAACCCAGCCCCAGUUUGCCAACAUGCGUGUCGAGGUACACUCGGAGGACCGUGUAACCCAGCCCCAGUUUGCCAACAUGCGUGUCGAGGUACACUCGGAGGACCGUGUAACCCAGCCCCAGUUUGCCAACAUGCGUGACGAGGUAGACUCGGGGGACCAUGUAACCCAGCCCCAGUUUGCCAACAUGCGUGACGAGGUAGACUCGGGGGACCGUUUUGCCAACAUGCGUGUCGAGGUAGACUCGGGGGACCGUGUAACCCAGCCCCAGUUUGCCAACAUGCGUGACGAGGUAGACUCGGGGGACCGUGUAACCCAGCCCCAGUUUGCCAACAUGCGUGACGAGGUAGACUCGGGGGACCGUGUAACCCAGCCCCAGUUUGCCAACAUGCGUGACGAGGUAGACUCGGGGGACCGUGUAAUCCGGCCCCAGUUUGCCAACAUGCGUGUCGAGGUAGACUCGGGGGACCGUGUAACCCAGCCCCAGUUUGCCAACAUGCGUGACGAGGUAGACUCGGGGGACCGUGUAACCCAGCCCCAGUUUGCCAACAUGCGUGACGAGGUAGACUCGGGGGACCGUGUAAUCCGGCCCCAGUUUGCCAACAUGCGUGUCGAGGUAGACUCGGGGGACCGUGUAACCCAGCCCCAGUUUGCCAACAUGCGUGACGAGGUAGACUCGGGGGACCGUGUAACCCAGCCCCAGUUUACCGAAAUGCGUGUCGAGGUAGACUCGGAGGACCGUGUAACCCAGCCCCAGUUUACCGACAUGCGUGUCGAGGUAGACUCGGAGGACCGUUUUGCCGACAUGCGUGUCGAGGUAGACUCGGGGGACCGUGUAACCCAGCCCCAGUUUGCCAACAUGCGUGACGAGGUAGACUCGGGGGACCGUGUAACCCGGCCCCAGUUUGCCAACAUGCGUGACGAGGUAGACUCGGGGGACCGUGUAACCCAGCCCCAGUUUGCCAACAUGCGUGACGAGGUAGACUCGGGGGACCGUGUAAUCCGGCCCCAGUUUGCCAACAUGCGUGUCGAGGUAGACUCGGAGGACCGUGUAACCCAGCCCCAGUUUACCGACAUGCGUGUCGAGGUAGACUCGGAGGACCGUUUUGCCAACAUGCGUGACGAGGUAGACUCGGGGGACCGUGUAACCCGGCCCCAGUUUGCCAACAUGCGUGUCGAGGUAGACUCGGAGGACCGUGUAACCCAGCCCCAGUUUACCGACAUGCGUGUCGAGGUAGACUCGGAGGACCGUGACGAGAAGACUCACUGA